AUGGACGCUCGAUCCAGAGACGACUCAGGGUCGCAAUCUCGCGGGGAUGGCGAGGCUGAUACUCGAUAUUCCAAUCCUGGAACACCAUCAGGCGACCAACCCAAAGUGCAACAGCCGAAACCACAGGCGCUUCCAAACCGAUCAGGUCCCUCUGCAAUCCUCGUGUCUACGCGACAGAAGGGCAAUCCAAUCCUGAACCACAUCAAGCUUCUGCCAUGGGAGUAUGCCGAUAUUCCAGCAGAUUAUGUAAUAGGAGCAACAACAUGCGCCCUCUUUCUCUCUCUGAAGUACCACCGCUUACACCCUGAAUACAUCUAUUCGAGACUCCGACUCCUCGCCGGGAAGUACAACCUGCGCAUCGUGCUGGUCAUGGUGGACAUUCCCAACCAUGAAGACUCGUUGAAGGAGCUGUCGAAGACAUCUAUAAUCAAUAACCUCACCCUGAUGCUUUGCUGGUCCGCCCCCGAAGCCGCACACUACCUCGAGCUCUACAAGUCCUCCGAACACGCACAGCCCACAGCAAUUCGCACACAACAAGCACAAUCAUACAAGGAGUCUUUGGUCGAAUUUGUUACGGCACCACGGAGCAUCAAUAAGUCCGAUGCAGCCAGCUUGAUAUCUACAUUUGGGAGCUUACAGAAUGCUGUGAAUGGGCAGCCAGAGCAGAUCAGCUCCGUCCCUGGCUGGGGUGAGAAGAAGGUCCAGCAGUGGUGUAAUGCUGUCCGGGAAGACUUCCGGGUGGAAACUACCAAGAAGGCCUCGGCCCCCGGGCCCAAGAGUCAGACCAGGGCGCCGAAAGCCCAAAAUGGGCCCCAGCUUAUGGCUAUGGAUGAAGAUGAGGACGAGGCAGUGUUGCGGUCAGUGUUGGCGGAGAGCCGGCUAACAGCGGCUGCAGCUGCCCCGGCUGAAGGUUCCUUGAAAAUAAACCAACCGACAGAAGAACUGGAUGCAGGUAUUGCGGCUGCAUUGGCUAAACUGAGAGAUGCCGAUGGAUGA